AUGAAAUUUUCCAUAAUAAUUGCAAUCGUCUUUGGCCUAUUAUCGAUGACGCUCACGCUCAUUGAAGCUCAUACCGUGUGGAUACAUAACAAGGUAGCGGUUGGUACACAUACACGUGUUACUGCCGCCAAAGAUCGGAACGGCAAAGGAUUCUCCACCGAUGGUAAUUGGGCUCACAAAGGUUAUUCUUUGAAUAUCCCUGAUGAUGUAAAAGCAUAUUGGCUCGGUUUCAAUGUUUAUGACUCUUUUGAAGAAGAUAAAUGGCGUGGCCCAAUCACUAAUGAUGGGGAUAAAUGUUAUCACUUUCAUGGUACUUUAGAAAAUUGGGACAUAUAUGAAUGUUAA